AUGGCUCCUACUACAGAGCUUACACCUGCGCUUAGAGAGCGUAUAUGUGAACUACACGAUAUCGGCUGGGGCUAUAAGCGAAUUCAUAAGCGAUAUCCUUGGAUUUCCCUCUCAGGUAUACGAUAUACUAUCAAGAAAGAGCCUGAGAGGCGAAUGGGCGUAUCGAAGCCUCGCUCUGGUCGCCCAAAGAAGCUUACUGAGGAGGAUAAGGCCCGAAUCCUGUAUGUGAUUGCGGAACAACCACGCGUUACCUACGAUGACCUACUUUCGGAAGUUUCUCAUAAGGUCAAGAAGGAUUCAAUUCGACGAUUGUUAAACGCAGAGAAUAUGCGAAAAUGGCGCUGCGCUUGGAGACCUUAUCUUGAUGAGGAACGCGCUGCAAAACGCCUACAGUGGGCUCAUCGCUACCAGCACUUUUUACCUACUGAUUGGGCCCGUGUUUACUGGUCUGAUGAGUGUACUGUGGAGCGAGGGAUUGGUAUACGUCGAGAUUGGACCUUUAUACGCCCUCGAGACCAAUGGAAAAAGCACGAGGUUCAUGGUUUACCACACCGUGGCUUCCAGGUUAAGCAGAUGUUUUGGGCUGCUUUCUCGGCUACUCGACGUACUGGUUUAAUUCCCCUAUUCGGCGAUCCUGAAUCCGAGCGAGGUGGUGUGAAUCGAUUUGUUAUCGAAGAGUUAUAUCGAAGGGUUCUUCCUACGCUACUACCAGCGGAGAAUGGGAUUUUUAUGCAUGAUAACGCACCUACGCAUACAGCGUAUGUUGUGCGCGAUGCAUUAGAAGAGAUGGAGAUCGAGGUAAUGAUUUGGCCACCUCAUUCGCCUGACCUAAAUCCUAUUGAGAAUCUAUGGGCCCUUCUAAAAGCAGAAAUCUAUAAGAUUCGGCCAGAUCUCAUGCAUAUGAAGAAUAAUAAUGAGACUAAGCGAAUCUUGGUGGAAACUGCGCAGAUUGCAUGGCAAAAUAUCGAUAUGAAGCACUUAGAACACCUUUCUGAGGCUAUGCCUAAUAGAGUGCAAGCAAUCAUUGAAUCAGAAGGGUGGUAUACGCCCUACUAG